AUGGAUCAAAUAAAACAAGAGUUUCUGAAGAAACUUACCAAGUUCUUAGUAUUUUCGAUAUGGGUUUCAUCUCUUUUAAUCACUCACAACUUCUAUCUAUUCAGAUUCACAAUUCAACUCGUAACACACGCGGUGGAUAAGAACUACAUGUUCCUCCUCUGCAAUGGUCUCUUAGUGCUUGUCGUUAAGUGCAUCUCUACGUCAAAACCACUAGAUGAUGGUCGGAGUAAGACCAAUAAAACCUUUGAUUACAGAGAUUUCGAGAGUUAUGAUGCCAUAUUGGAGCUAGAGUAUCACUAUAUUCAUGAAAGAGAAUCAGAGUCUUUUCUUGCAGAUGAAAUUAGUACAAAAGAUCAAGAAACUAAAGAAGAGAAGGAAGAGAAAGAAACCAAAGAAGAUCAAGAAACCGAAGAAGAAAAAGAAGAGUACGACGAGCCGUUAACAGAUAAUGGUGAUCUAGAAGAGGAGGAGGAGGAUAAUGUGGGAGUGGUGACGGAGGAAGAGAUGAACAAGAAGUUCGAUGAGUUCAUUAGAAAGAUGAAGGAAGAGCUUAGAAUCGAAGCUAAACGGCAAUUGAUUGCUGUUUGA